AGCAUCACCGUGCAGCUCACCAGGGUGCUGGAGCCCAGCUCCGACCUCUGCGUCCCCUUCUACAACGUCGUGUUCCGGAGGGUGAUGAGGAUCCUGGAUAUGAAGCUGGUCGGGAGGAACUUCUUUGACCCCACCAAGGCGGCCGUGCUGCAGCAUUACAGGCUCCAGGUAUGGCCCGGCUACUCGGUGAGCAUCCGCAGGAGGGACGGCGGGCUCUUCCUCUCCGUGGACGUCGUGCACAAAGUGAUCCGGAGCGACUCCGUGCUCAACUUCAUGCACGCGAUCUACCAGCAGAGCGCGAGCAGCUUCCAGGACGAGUGCACCAAGCAGCUGGUGGGCAGCGUGGUCAUCACGCGCUACAACAACCACACGUACCAGAUCGACGACAUCGACUGGAACAAGACGCCCAAGGACAGCUUCACCCUGGCCAGCGGCGAGGAGGUCACCUUUGUGGACUACUACAGCAAAACGUAUGGAAUCACGGUGAGGGAGCUGGACCAGCCGCUGCUCAUCCAUAGGCGCAAGGAGAGCCUGACGCAGGAGGGGAAGCGCCAGCUCAACAUGAUCCUGCUGGUGCCGGAGCUCUCCUUCAUGACCGGCAUCCCCGAGAAGAUGAGGAAGGACAACCGGGCGAUGAAGGACCUGAUGUACGAGAUGUCGCACAGCCCCAAGCAGCACUACCUGCGGCUGUGCAGCCUCUUGCGCCCACCGCGGAGCCACGCGGCGCGUCCCGAUGUCCCCGCGUGGGGCGGCAUCGCCUUCACGCGCGGCCCCGUGCAGACGCAGGGCCGCGUCCUGCCCACGGAGAGGAUCAACCUGCGGCACAGCACCUUCGCGCCCGCCGAGGACCUCAGCUGGAACAAGGAGGUGGUGCGGGAGGCCUGCAUCUCCUCGCCUCCGCAGGUCAUCAACGUGCAGUCGCUCACGGGCCAGGCCAGCAAGCUGCGCAGCAUCGCGCAGAAGGUCCUGCUGCAGAUGAACUGCAAGCUCGGCGGGGAGCUCUGGGGCAUCGACAUCCCCUUGGUAAGGCCCGAGGAGCCUCCCGCGCGCUCCCCCCGCGCGCCGGGGGUCCUCACGGGCGCCUCUCCCUGCCCCAGGGUGCUCACCAAGUGGUACUCGAGGGUGGUGUUCCAGAUGCCGCACCAGGAGAUCGCCGACAGCCUGCGCCUCUGCCUGGCCGAUGCCCUGCAGCGCUUCCACGAGGUGAACCACUGCCUGCCCAAGAAGAUCGUCAUCUACCGGGACGGCGUGUCGGACACGCAGCUGGACACGGUGGUCAAGUACGAGAUCCCGCAGCUGCAGAAGUGCUUCGAGACCUUCGCCGACUACCGGCCCAGCAUGGUGGUCAUGGUGGUGCAGAAGCAAAUCAGCACCAACUUCUACAUGAGCGCCGCGGAGAACUUGGUGUCCCCGCCGCCGGGCACCGUCAUGGACCACACGGUCACCAGCUCGGAGUGGGAGGAUUUCUUCCUGCUGGCCCAUUGCUCCCGCCAGGGCUGCAGCGUCCCCACGCGCUACGUUUGUGUGCUGAACACGGCCAGCCUCAGCUCCGAGCACCUGCAGAGGCUGACCUUCAAGCUCUGCCACAUGUACUGGAACUGGCCGGGCACCAUCCGCGCGCCCGCGCCCUGCAAGUACGCGCACAAGCUGGCCUUCCUCGCGGGCCAGGUGCUGCACCACGAGCCCGGCAUCCAGCUCUGCGACAAGCUCUUCUUCCUAUAG